UGGCUGGCGGGGGAAAAAAACCAACAUGGCCGCCGGCUGAGCGCUUUCCCACUGGAGCGGCAGGCACGUUGCUUCCAGCCUCGGGUGGUGGUGGUGGUGUGGGGAGGGGGGAAGGGGCAGGCCGCCCCCCUCUCCUCAGCGGAGCCUCAGUCUGCUCCAAGUAAUUCCAGGGCCUUUUUUCUUUCGAUGCUAGUAUGGCAAAUGAAGAAGAUGACCCAAUUAUACAGGAGAUCGACGUGUACCUGGCCAAAAGUCUGUCAGAGAAACUAUAUCUGUUCCAGUAUCCCAUUCGUCCGGCAUCAAUGACUUAUGAUGAUGUGACCCAUCUCUCAGCGAGGAUAAAACCAAAGCAACAAAAGGUUGAACUGGAAAUGGCUAUUGAUACACUGAAUCCGAAUUACUGCCGCAGCAAAGGGGAACAAAUCGCGCUUAACGUCGACGGCACGGGUACAGACGAAACUAGCACAUAUUCCUCGAAGUUGAUGGAUAAGCAGUCUUUCUGCUCCUCUCAGACCACAAGUAACGUUUCACGAUAUGCUGCUGCUAUCUACAGAAAAGGUGAACUCCACCUUACGCCACUACAUGGGAUUUUGCAAAUGAGGCCUAGUUUCAGCUACUUGGACAAAGCUGAUGCCAAAUACCGGGAGCGAGAAGCUGCUAACGAGCCCGGCGAUUCUUCGCAGGAUGAAGCAGAAGAAGAUGUCAAGCAAAUCACGGUGAGGUUCUCCCGCCCAGAAUCAGAACAGGCACGUCAGCGUCGGGUUCAGUCUUACGAGUUCUUGCAGAAGAGGCAAGCUGAGGAGCACUGGGUCCACCUGCAUUACUAUGGUUUAAGGGACAGCCGGUCUGAACACGAGCGCCAGUAUUUGUUUAGCCAGGGUCACUCCCUGGCUGGGAAUACGGAAUUAAUUAAAUCUCCAAGCGAAUACUUGAUGAUGCUGGUACCUCCAAGUGUGGAGGAAGAGAAGGACAAACCUGUGGCUCCAAGCAAUGUGCUCUCUAUGGCUCAGCUGAGGACUUUGCCCCUGGCUGACCAGAUCAAGAUUUUGAUGAAAAAUGUGAAGGUCAUUGCUUUUGCAAACCUGAUGAGCCUCUUGGCUUCUGGGACGGAUGCGACCGCAGCCUUGCGCUGCAUCCAGCAGGUGGCGCUGUUGGUACAAGGAAACUGGGUUGUGAAAAGUGACGUCCUCUACCCGAAGGAUACCUCCAGCCCUCACAGCGGUGUACCGGCAGAAGUCCUUUGCAGGGGAAGAGAUUUUGUGAUGUGGAAGUUUACCCAGGACCGAUGGGUUGUGCGGAAAGAAAUAGCAGCCGUUACAAAACUUGGCCCAGAAGAUGUGAAGGAUUUUUUGGAACACAUGUCAUUCCUCAGGAUAAACAGAGGCUGGGAAUUUAAGCUCCGAUACGAUGAGGAUUUUGUCCGGAAGCACCCGGAUGUGGUUCAGAGGCAGCAGAUGCUGUGGAUGGGCAUCCAGGCCAAGUUGGAGAAAGUCUACAACCUGAUGAAAGAACACCUGGCCUCCAAGAAGCAACCUGCACAAGGAGUUGCUCCGUUGCUGGUUUCGGGAGAGCAGAGAGUCAGCCUGGCGAAAGCAAAAGUCAAGCAGAACUACGGGCAACUGGAGCAACAUUACCAGAAGCAGAAGGCGGACAGCAGAGCGCACGAGCUCAGCUCCCCGACAGACGUUCUCGGCGUCCGUAUAAAGGAGGAGCCCGUGAGCGACGAGGAGCCGAUGGAGACGUCGGCCUGCGAUGGUCUCAAUAACGGACUGGUCAACGGUAUCCAUUCAGAAGAGAACUCGGUGGACUCCUUCAAUGGUCACUUGCCCCUCCAGGAGCGGGUCACGCAAGAACUGAGAGCCUUUUUGAUGGCGACAUUUAAGAAGCAGUAUGUGCUGACUCUGAAUGAGCUUAAACGGUUAUUUAAUCUCCACGUGGCUAGUUUGCCUCCAGGGAAUCUCUUGUUUAGCGGCAUUUCAGACAAACUGUUGCAGGACCUGGUGAUGGACAUGGGCUGCAAGCAAAUAAUGGUGCCUUUUCCCCCCCAGACGACCGCUUUACCAGAUGAACAGAAGGUCUUCGCCCUGUGGGAAGCUGGCGACAUGUAUGAUCAGCAUCGGCAGAUUUUGCUUGACAUUUUUUCCAAAAACUACCGAGUGCGUAGAAAUGUAAUCCAGAACCAGCUGGCCCAGGAAUAUGGUGAGGAUCUGGACAAACAAGAGGUGGAUAAAGUCUUGAAGGACUGCUGUGUAAGCCAGGGCGGCAUGUGGUACCUGAAAGGGACAGUGCAACAGUCUGCAACAUCUUGACAAAAAGGUUUUGGAUUCUUACUUCGUUGGCUUAACUUCAGGACCAGAAGAGAGAACCAGAAUGGGCAGGACAGCCGAACAAGUACCCACCCUUCCCUUUAUGUGGGGCAGAACCUGGAUCUGCUUACGGCUCUGUGGAUGAGAGGAAGUUAUAGGGUGCCAUAACCGUUCUGCUGCUUCUUCGUUUGGCAUUCCAAAUGCCGCCAUGGAGUAGAAUGAGGAAACACGGAUCUUAACAAGUGGUUAGAGUGAUUUGGGAUUCCUAAUACAUUUUGUUUCUCAUUCUGAUGAUAACAACAAUUCAUAUUGACACAAAUGUUACAGAAGAUCAUGACUGAAUGUUUUAUUUUGUAACUGGUGCCAAUAAAUUGCAAGUUUACACAUAGCUAUCCAAAUUUUAUUUUUCGAAAACUGCCAACAGUCUAGCUGUUGGUUUAUGGCCGUGCAUCCUGUUUUAGGGAGCAAAGAGCAUGGAUUCCUCUAAUUGGGGGGGAGGGAUAGUAUUAAAUGUGACAUUGUUAUACAUGUGCACUCCUUUUUUAAAAAAUGUGAAAAUGAUGAGCCAGAAAAAAUGCCUGAAGGUUUGGGGGGUCUGUCAAAAGAUGUCUUCUAUAAUGGGCAGCUGUAGGGAAUCAUACCUGGUAUUUAUGGGAAGUUCUCUGAUUUUGCUUAAGAUAAAGUUUUCAUCCUGAACACUGA